AUGAAAAAAAUCAUACCUACACACUUUAUAUCAAUUCACAUAGAUAAUUGUGAAAUAAUUGCUAACAUAAAACAAGUUCAAAACCUAUUUGUAUUACAUGACAAAAACUUAGAAAAUGCUCUUAUACAAUUAGAAAAAAUUCAUUUAACUUUGUUAUUAUUAAACAUCAAUGCAAAUAUUGAAAACAGAGUGGCUAGAAUAUUUGAUUUUAUAUCUCAAGAAUUCUCACCCGAUUUGUCAUUGUUUCGUAUAAAAUUGAAGGGUUUAGGAAAUUUUGGAAACAAGGUAAUUUUAUUACAUUGUGACAAAAGUGAUAAACAAAACUACGAAAUGCUGCUAAGGGUAAAAAGUGAAAUAACUCUACUAUUAUUAAGUGUAGGAUUCACAUUUGUUAAUGAUAUACUAAUUGCUCCUGUUGACGAAUUAUUAGAUGACAUGUUAUCAAUAAAAUGUCACGUUAGAAGAGAUGAAAACGCUUUUGACGUCGACACAAUACAAAAAAAUUUCACUCCUCAUGCCACGAUUCUAAAACUCUCAAAAUUGAAAGGUAUUACUGCAAAAUCAAUUAAAAAAUUGGAUCCUAAAAUUUACAAUGAGAUUUUUGACGAAAAUUAUGAAUUUGGUGAGCAAAUCGUUGAUAAAAUAUACCUUUCAUGUAUUUUCAAUAAAAAAAUUGACAAAAACGCUGAUUGUGAUAAUGAAAUGAAAUCUUUCAAAAUCGGCUAUUUCAGAAAUUUGGGAGCUAUAACCCUUGGAAAAACACGAGUGCAUACAGGUGACAAUAUUAUAAAAAGAUCAUCCUAGACGGCGUUACCCACCUUUCAGCGUUUAAAACAUUUGAACAAUUAAACAUUGAGAGAUUUUAAAAUAUAUCUUUUCAAAAUGAAUGUAUUUAAGCCGAUUUUUAAAAACGGCCAACUGAAUAUUUUAACCAAAAAAUAUUGUCUCUCGAGAUUUUGCUAAUAGAUGUCGGCCAUCUUAUGAGCAACUUCAGGCUUACGUAAUUUUCUGAAUAAUACCGAGUUACCCUUUUUUAAAAAUCGGACCAAAUGGAGCGACUUUGCAUCACUAAAUGUAACAGUUAAACAUUUAUCUUUAUAUAAUUUAUCAUUUUUUAUAGGCAAUAUAAUCAACACUGUAAAAGAGCCAGUAGAAAAUCUUUUAACCACAUUGAGGUUUAUUCGUAAUGAAAAAUAAAUGUAUUAUUAUUUUAAGAUUUGAAUCAAGAUAUAAAUUAUCAAAAAAGAAUUAAAUGGCAUGCUCAAA